CUUCUUGAUCAUGUCCCACCUGAACGUACGACCUCAUCUACUCCACACUUGAGGAUAUGUGUGUGUGCAGUUCGUGUGACAAAAGUGCUUUAUCACUCAUAAUCUUUCGCCAUGUUUACCAUUCCAUGGUCGUUGCUCCCUAGUCUGACGUCCAAACGUCACCGAGAACAUCGCUCCCAAUUAUUGGAGAAGGAUGUCUCAGAGAAACAAAUCGCAAAACGAACAGCCGCGUCUAUACUUAUUCAAGUGUUGGGACAGACUGCACCGGUACGCAGCAAAGACCCUGAACAAUGGCAAACUCUGUACGACUUUGUAUCUCAUUGGGACGAAGAGGGACUUCUACCAUGCACUCGACCAUGUUUGGCAUGCGAAGCUGUCUUCUCAAGAGAUGUCAAACAAUACUUCUCGUUGAUUAACAUAAGGCCUACGUCACACUGUGCAGGUACCAUGGUGAUGUUGAACAUCUUCGAAUCAUUUGGCACCAGUGAAUGGCCUGCAGCAAGAAUGCACCAGCAUCUUGGAGACUACCGUAGUUUCACUCUUCAAUUCAAGGUGAAUUCCCGACGGAAUAUUGAGGUCGAUGUUCUGCACAAACAUAAGGACUGGCCUGCAAAAUCGAUCUUUAACAGAAAGCACGAGCUUCUACAUUAUCCAGACAAAACUGUCCCGGAAGGCCACAAGGAUCUGGCCCGAUUCUAUGAUCCACUACGCGUCAAUGUUGAUCUGUUCCGGGAGUGGAUUCACAUCUGUGAUACGGAGCAUGGUGGUGAAUGCCACUCAACUGAUCUCCCUCCCCCAGACCAUUCCCUUCUGUUGAUAGAUGUGGAGAACCGGUGUCUUGUCAGAGCAUCUUCAAAGUCGAUUUACGUGGCCUUGAGUUAUGUCUGGGGACUUACAAUCAAUCUUCGAACUACCCUGAUGAAUUUAUCUACGCAUAUGACCCCUGGAGGUAUUUCAUUCGAGUACCACCGCGGUAUACCGAACACCAUACUUGAUGCUAUCCAAAUGACCCAACUGCUUGGACUGAAGUACCUCUGGGUAGACUCUCUAUGCAUCGUACAGGAUGACAUGCGGACGAAGAACAUCCACCUUAACUCGAUGGCAAGUAUAUAUGCCAACGCAUACCUGACCCUCAUCGCCGCCGAGGGAGCGGACGCAAACCACGGCCUCAGCGGCAUCCCAGGAGGUUCGAGAUCCCGCAAUAUUGAACGCAUCAUCGUGGAGACCCCAUCAGGACAAGGUUCUCUCCUUUCACCCGUUGAACCACAAUGGCCAGAGUCGUCGUUUUGGAACCAAAGAGGAUGGACCUUCCAAGAACUCCUCUUCUCCAAGCGCAUCCUGAUCAUGAACGGCGGGCUUGUCCAUUGGCACUGCUCCACCAGCCACUUCGAAGAGGACAAAAUCCGCGGCGCAUCCAACUCCUCCGACAAAAAGAACAGCAUCUUCAUCACCCGCACAAUCCUCAACCCAGACAACACUACCACCUCCCCCUUACACACCUGGGCGGGCCUCGUCGAGAAGUUCAACCGCCGAUCCCUCACCUACGACGAAGACGUCGUCGGCGCAUUCACCUCCAUAACAACCCUCAUGCAGCACUCCUCCUUCCCCUCCGGCAUCACCCACGGCCACCCAACCGCCUCCCUCCUCCCCUCCCUCCUCUGGCUUCCCGCCGGCCCUCUCCGCCGCCGAAUCCCCUCCUCCCAAUCCCCCACCGACACAGUCCUCCCCUCCUGGUCCUGGCAAGGCUGGCAAGGCCCCAUCGACUGCCGCCUCUGGUCCACCUCCCCCAUCUUCCAUCCCUCAAAAACCUACCCCUCACCCCUCCUCCCCUCCUCCUCCCCCUCCGUCCUCACUCUUAAAACCCACACCAUGACCCUCUCAAUCGGCCAAACCGCAUGCCACAAGUCCUCCCUCCUAUCCUUUCACCUCCACCCCUCCCUGUUCCCCUUCUCACCCGCCACUGGAUUCAUCCUCACGCAGGCGGACCACCGCGCCAAACUGCAGGACUACGGCGGCGAGUGUCGCGUCGCGGUCGUGAACGAGGGACGUAUGGCGAAUAGGUUUGUGGAUGAGUAUCUGCACGUGCCGGGGAGGGAUAGGGACGGGUGGGAGGAGGUGUGGGUUGUGAUUUGGAUUGUUAAAAGGAGAGGGGGCGGGUGGAGGAGGUGGGGGAUUGGUGCUCUGGUGAAAGGGGAGGGGGAGUUGGGUUGGGGGGAGGAGGUCGUGGAGUUGCAUUGAAGUGUUUCCUUUUCUCUCCUUUCCUUUUACUUUUCCCUUUUUCUUUUUGGAGGAGUGUUAGAGGGUUGUUUGAUGGG